AUGGGAACCCAAAUUCAUUCCCAAGAGGCUACCCUUACAUCUACUGCCAUAUGGAUCCGUCUUCCACAAUUACCAACAGAAUUCUACGAUAAGGGUAUCCUAGAAAAGGUUGGAAGGAAGCUGGGCAAACUAUUAAAAAUCGAUCAGUGCACUUCCUCUACUCUCAGGGGACAUUAUGCUCGUAUUUGUAUUCAAGUGCCCCUGGAAACCCCAGUGGAAACAUCGGUCAUAAUAGAAGACCAUAAACAGGCAGUGAUUUACGAAAGAGAAGGGACCAUGUGCACAUAUUGCGGCAGAAUUGGGCAUACUUCAGUAGGUUGCAAUUACCGGCCCUCCACACCCAAAGCAACUCAAGAAACACAGGAAACACAACGGAGAAAUGUAGCACAGUCGGAAGAGAGUGAGUGGAAAACUGUCACCUUUCCAAGAAGAAGGAAGCAAGGGCUAGCAAAAUCAAAUAAUAAGAAUGAUACAGGAUUGAAUAAUCCACACCAGGCUCCACAGGCGGAUCAUAUACAGGUAAAUUUGUUCGAUGCUAACUCAGGUAAAUUCCUUCAAACUCAAUCAGUGCGUUACAAUUCAAAAAAAGUCAACCCCACCCCAAAUUCGAAAAAUAGGCUCAACGGCCCAAUAAACAAUGCAAGCCCCAGCCAGCCACAACGGUUGACCCAACAGCGAUCACAACCCAGUAAAGGGACCCAGCCCAGUACAAGCGCCAAACGAAAGGCGGGAUCGGGGCCCGAUGACUCCACUGACCCCAAUCAUGAAGUCCUCGUUCAAGGUGCCACUUUGAGCCCAACUACCGAGGUCUCUCAUCUCAAAGAUGAUGAGAAAACCAAUGGGGCCAGUCUCUCUUCUCCAAAUGGGUACCACUCCGAAAUGGAAAUUGUCAGCCCAUCUAACCCCCCAAAUACACUCACCUACGCUUCCUCUACCAAUUCCUCUGAAACAAUCUCCAAUGGAGAAAUCUCAACAGUCACCACCAUCAAUCAAGUGCCCUAUCUGGUACCCCUUCCAAUUCCAGAUGAAAAAACCCAAACUGUUAAUUCCAAUAGAUCCACAAUUAAUGACCAAUCCACCCCUAGUUCCGAUUACCAGUAA